AUGGCGGGAACUUCUAUUCCAGCUAUAGUAAAGAAGCAUAAAAUUAAAUGGUGGGGAUCAUUCAAAAACACCACCACAGAAAUAGUUGUAAAAGAAAGGAUACUUAAAAAAGCACAAUUCCCUACUGUGUCUUAUGCUGGUAAAUUAACAUUGCAACAAGGAGAGCCAUCAUUUGGAGCCCAGAAAGCCCAAUGUCAGGCCUUAUUAGCAGCAGCUAAAACCCCUGAAGAGUUCAAAAUAAUUUGCCAGCAGAUGUUCAAGCAGCUUACUCCAGAAGAAAAAGAAAAAGUAAAGCAAUCCUGUGAUAAAGAAUCGUCAAAGGAAUCCAGUGAUAAGGAAUCAUCAAGAAAGUCUUCCAGUAAAAAAAUUUCAAAGAGGCAGUCCAAGAAAAAAAUUAAAAAGCAGUCCAGUUCUGAAUCGGAGUCGACAGCGUCAUCCCAGACGUCAUCCUCUAGUAAGAACCAGACAUCUUCAUACUGUGAUAGUAAUGAAGACGACUGUUAUGGAGUUCUUCCCCCAGUAAAAAUUAAAAGUAAAACAGGCAAAAGAAGAGAUAAACAGAAGGCAAAAGUAAAAAAGGAAAAGAAAGGUAAAUUGAAGAAAGGUAAGAAAAAGAAGGACACCACAUCAUCAGAAUCAGAGUAA